GGCGGGGCCGGAAGAAUGAGCGUGCUUUAGGCCACUUCCGUUUCUGCCUGGGAGGAGCCUGCUGCGCUGUCAUGAGUCGCUUCAAGUUCGUGGAUAUUGGUAUCAACCUGACAGAUCCUAUGUUCAGAGGAAUUUAUAGGGGGGUGCAGAAGCAUCAAGAUGACUUACAAGAUGUAAUAGAGAGAGCUAUCCAGAUUGGUGUUAAAAAGUUUAUGAUCACAGGUGGAAGUCUGCAAGACAGUAAAGAUGCACUGAAGUUGGCACAAACAAAUGACAUGUUUUUCAGCACAGUUGGGUGUCAUCCCACGAGAUGUGAUGAAUUUGAAAAGGACAGCCCCGAUCAUUACUUAGCAGGACUGCUGAACCUUGCUGAGAACAACAAGGGGAAAGUUGUAGCAAUAGGGGAAUGUGGACUUGAUUUUGACCGACUUCAGUUUUGUUCCAAAGAUACUCAGCUCAAAUAUUUUGAAAAACAAUUUGAACUGUCAGAACAAACACAAUUACCAAUGUUUCUUCAUUGUCGAAACUCACAUGCUGAGUUUUUGGACAUUAUGAGAAGAAAUAGAGAUCGGUGUGUGGGUGGAGUGGUGCACUCAUUUGAUGGUACGAAGGAGGCAGCAGCUGCUUUGAUUGACUUGGACCUUUAUAUAGGAUUUAAUGGUUGCUCACUGAAAACUGAAGCUAACUUGGAAGUUCUGAAGUCAAUACCUAGUGAAAAACUAAUGAUUGAGACAGAUGCACCUUGGUGUGGAGUUAAAAGUACACAUGCUGGAUCAAAAUUCAUAAAAACUUCAUUUCCUACCAAAAAGAAAUGGGAAAAUGGAUACUGUUUAAAAGAUAGAAACGAGCCCUGCCAUAUAGUUCAGAUAUUGGAGAUAAUGUCAACAGUAAGAGAAGAAGAUCCACUGGAAUUAGCCAACACGCUAUAUAACAACACCAUUAAAUUAUUUUUUUCCUGAUA